AUGUCUUUGCCCGCUGCUGAAGUGGCAGCCGACUUUCGAGAUGCGCUUCAAGACCUGAGGAUGAACAGUCGACCAGAGAUCAGCAAUCUAACCCUUAUCGCCAAGGAGAACACAGAGUACGCCCAAGCCAUAUCAACCGAACUCGAGCAGCACAUCAAGUCGACACGCCCAGAAUUCAAGCUUCCGGCUCUGUACGUGCUCGACUCAAUCGUCAAGAACGUCGGCACGCCUUAUACAGUCUACCUUGGUCGUAACAUGUAUAGAACGUUCAUGGACGCUUACCUAGUCAUGGAUCAAGGCACCCGCAAGGCCAUGGAAGGACUGCUGAGAACAUGGAAACAGCCAGUGCCAGAGUCCUUGGAUAACCGCCCUGUGUUCCCAGCAGACGUGACACAGGACAUUGAAAAUGCACUCGCUAAGAUGCGUAAUGCUAUUCAACAACAGGUUCAACGCCCAGCGCAUGCGCUUCCAGCUCGACCACCCACCACAGUAGCUUGGAGAGACACUGCGACUCCGCCACAGAACAUGGCGCGAUAUGCAGCACCAAACGACCCGCGUGCUCGACCUUACGGGCCUCCGAUGCAUGGAAACGGCCCUCCAGUGCAUUAUCAGUCUCCGCAGCAGCAAUCAGCACCCAUGUCGUCAAAUGACCUCGCUGAUUUGAAAGCCGAGAUCGCACAACUGAUCAGCACUACGCAGGCCAGAUUCGCAACGAACUUCAAUGAUCCGUCUCUUCGUAAGACGCUGGAGGCACUACUCGGGUUGAAGCACAUCCUAGACACCCAGACGCUCCCUCCGCAGCAAUUGGACGCUGUCCCGCCAGCACCGGCGCCGACUGGGACGCCCACUGCCAAUCUUGCUGCCCUGCUUGCUCAGUUCAGCAAGCCUGGGGCCACACCACCAGUUUCUCAGGCGACACCUGUGCAAAGCACGCCCGUUCCACAACUGCCUCCUCAGCCGCCGGCCGCAUCUGCUGCCCUCGGUAGUGCUGAUUGGCUUCUCAAAGCCCUGAGCAGUGGUCAGGGUCUGCCAUUCAAUCUAAAUGGAGGUCCUAUGGCGGCACAACCUAUGUCGCGCCAGACAUCGGCUCCUACAAACGUCUUGGACCAGAUCGAGCUCACCACUGCAUCAAUGAAGAAGCCACGAUUCCAUCUUAUUUCUCGUCUCUACGAAGCUAAGCCUAACAUAUGUGCAACUUGCGGUAGGCGGUUCGAUGCUACUGCAGAGGGCAAGGAGAAGAAGGCUCGCCAUAUGGAUUGGCAUUUCAAAGUCAAGGAUCCUGAUGCGAACAAGCGUGGUGUGCACCGGAGUUGGUACAUUGGUGAGAAGGAGUGGAUCGACUACAGGGAAGUAGACGAGACGGCUCCUCCGCAUGAGAGCACUGCCGCUGCCGCCGCAAACAAGCCCAAGAAGCAGGCGAAGGACCGCUACAUCAGCGUGCCCCAAGAUCCUGUUCUACAGCAAGCACCGUGUCCCAUCUGCCAAGAGAAGUUCGAGACGCAGUGGAAUGUUGACGCCAACGACUUCGUGUGGAUGGAUGCACUGCAAGUUGGUGGCAAGGUCUACCACGCUACAUGUUUCGAAGAGUACAGUAAGGGUGCUGGUAUCCCGAUGCCAGGCACGCCUGACUCAGUGCUUGGAAAGAGGAAGGCGGACUUGGGAGGAGAACUAGAAGGCAAGAAAAUCAGGGCGUUUUGA